AUGAGGGGUCUCUCUCCUGCCUUCGUUGUUGCGGCCGUACUCCUUCAACUAGCUUCUGCUCAAACAUUCCAGCGUCUGGGAGCAUGCCCGACAUUGGGUUGCAUCUUCCCGCCUGAUCAAGCAGACUUUUUCCCAGGAGCCUUCUUUGAUAUCCGGCUCGAGGUUCACGCCCCAGUUAACGGAACUGAGGCCAGUGCCAAUGGUGUACCCGAUCAGAACUUCACCUUCUGCAUCCAGCAAGGCAAGGGAAAAUGUCAGGAUGUCACCAAGUUCUUCUCGGUGAAGCAGUCUCCACUCGAGACAUGGACUUUCUCAUACUUCGAAGAUCUUUUCGCGAAGGACGCGGGGACGCCGGUGAUCGUGAAUGUCGCUUCAAAGGCCUAUCGCGCACUUUCGCUCAAUAAGCCGGGAGAGUACACAGCUCGUCUCAAAUACAACGGGAGAAGUGAAACGGUCGCCCAUUGGCGUGUUCGCGACGCAUCUAAGCGCAAAAAGGCCAAGAACGCGAUACUCUUCAUCGGAGACGGCAUGACGCAAGCCAUGAUCACCGCUGCCCGACUGAUUGCUCACAAGUCUAUCAAUGGUCGGUAUCAGACAUUGAUGCAGAUGGAUCAGAUGGAAGUUCUCGGACACCAAAUGACACACUCGAUCGACUCUUUUAUCACCGAUUCAGCGAAUUCAGCUACCGCUUUGUAUACCGGGCACAAGAGCUCGGUCAGCGCGUUGAACGUCUAUGCUGACAGCUCCCGUAAUUCCUUCGAUGAUCCUAAAUUCGAGACGAUAGCCGAACUGUUCAGACGCCGAAGGGGAGGAGCACUCGGGAUGGUGUCCACUGCUUACAUCGCUGAUGCAACUCCAGCUGCGCUUUGUUCGCACACCCGCGAUCGUGGACAAUCUGCGUCGAUCGUCUAUGAGUACCUCUACGGUCCUGCUAAGCUCAAUUCAACGUUGUCUUGGCCCACGAGUUGCGAGGGUCCUGACGUCGUCUUUGGGGGAGGCGCAGAACAAUUUAUCGCAGGGGCAGGUUCACCUAAUGGAACUGAUUUCUACAAGGUCUUCCAAUCCGAGGGUUACAACGUCGUCAACAGCAAAUCCCAGCUUGACAAAGUUGGUAACAAAAAGAAGACGUUGGGCAUCUUCUCCAAAUCAAACAUGGCAAAAUGGCUCGAUCGUAAUGUAUACCCAGAGAACCUUCGUGGGCUCAAGAACUCUCCUACCGGUGACAACACCGAUGCAGUAGACCAGCCCGGUCUGAAGGACAUGACACUCAAGGCCAUUGACAUUCUCCAUGCCCGGAAUAACGGCAAAGGCUUUUUCAUGAUGUCCGAAGCCGCUAGCAUCGAUAAGAUGAUGCAUGUCCUCGAUUACGACCGUGCCCUUGGCGAACUUCUCGAACUCGACGAUACUAUCCGCGCUACCAUCGCUCACCUCAAGAAGAUUGGAGAGCUUGAGAACACGCUCAUUGUCGUGACCGCCGAUCACGGCCACGGGUUCGAUGUUUUCGGAGGAGCUGACACAAAGUAUCUCGCUGCUCAGACUGAUGACAGGAAGAAGCGCAAUGCUAUUGGUGUGUAUGAAAGCUCGGGGCUGAGCGAAUACAUGGUCGCCAAAGGCUCGAGUCCAGCAAACGUGUCGAUCGUUAUUGGUGCCCAAGGCCCUAACUUCCCCGUGCAGUGGGAUCCCCGAUAUACCUAUGCAGGUGGGUUUGCUGCAAACCCAGACCGACGCGAAGGCUUCACAGUGAAUACCACUGGACCUCGUAUCCCUGCUACUUCUUCCACCGAUGGAGUUGUAGGCAAUCCUUUAGAUCAGCCUCAUGGUUUCCAUGUUGAUGGAACUCUUCCUUUGAGCGCCUCAGAAGGUGUUCACUCUCUUCAAGAUGUAUCAGUGUUUGCUAAUGGCCCCGGGUCGGAAGCAUUCCGUGGUGUCUACAAUAGCAUUGAUAUCUUCUUCAAGUUAGCCGAUGCGCUGGGGUUGGCCCAUUAA